AUGGUCGUACGGCUGGAACCUAACGAUAACUACCCCGUCAACUGGGACCUCUACGAUCUCGUUAAUUUCCUUUCGGGGAGCCCACGGUUGGAGGAGAUUUACAUAGGGGAUAUAUCAUGGCGCAUGGAACAGGUCUCAUUCUCUUCAGUUCCCGUCGUGCGGGCACCACUCUCCCUUCCGCGGCUGCGAUACCUCUCCCUCACAUACUCAGCCAGAGCCACGGAGUCCGCCAGCCAUGUCGUCGAACAUCUCCUCUCACGCCUCAUCAUUCCCCCCUCCUGCCAUCUCUAUUUCAAGGCACGUGGUGGCCCGCGAAACAUCAACCAAGUUCUCCUCGAGAGCGUACGACGCCAUGUUGCGUGCAGUGACGCGGUGUCCCACGUAUGUUUGUGGAUCACCGAUUUCUCCAUAAACCAGAGCAUCCAAUUGGUUUUUCCCAAGGGAUCCCUCCGGCUCGUGUUCGCAGCGUCACCAUUCAUCUCUGUGCGCCACACCGAGGAUAUGUUAGACCUCUUGCACUCAUUCCCACAACUUUUCACUGAGACACAGGAGCUCCGAGUUCACUACAGCGAGAAUAACCUCUUGCGAAAGCUCCAGCCGUCGCUGCCGGCUAUCUUCCCCAACAUUACCGCGCUCUCUCUCGUUCCCUUCCUCGUUCCUGGGUACUCGGGCCACGCUUCUCUCACCAUCGGCUUGGAAUCGCUCACCGAGCCGCCAGAAGGGGAGCGGAAAGUGACUUGGCCCGCUCUGGACACCCUCUGGGUCUCGGUGACGGACAAGCGAGAUGCAACGCAGUUGGAGACGGCGCUAGACUUCCGAGCGUUGCGUGGUCACCCGAUUCGUCACCUCACCGUUCGCUACAACCCUCGCAAGAAGAAGGGCAAGGGUGGCGUCGAGAACAAAGUCCCGAGUUUUGCGGCGGCGUUGGAGGAGCACGUGAAAGAGAUCACUCUCAUGGAACUCCCGAGUCGUGAACCGCGCCGGGAGAUAGAUUGGAUGGUUAGGCUGCCGGAGAGGUACGGCUUGCCUUCUGCCUUCCACAGGGACUGGCCUUCGUGGAAUAUCUGA